AUGUUGGCCCGAACAGCUGCGCGCACCUUGUUGCGAUCACGCAAUGUGAGUCACCUUCUUCUCCAAGCCUGAGCCUAAGCCCGUGUGUGCGCCUGCGCCUGUUGACAGCGCGCGGAGCCAAUCGGAGCGACGACGAAGCCCCCGCCGACGAAGCCCCCGCCGACGAAGCCCCGGCUCAGCACACACGCCCACACACGCCCACACCCACCCACCCACACCCUCACCCGUCCCUGCGUCCCUGCACUGACACCCACCCGCUCUCCACCUUUUGACUCGCGCAGGUCCUCGGUGCACGCUCGUUGGCGACGGCCGUGUCGCCGCCGCUGACGCAGAUCUCGACCCUGCCCAACGGCCUCACCGUCGCGACCGAGGCUCACCCCCACGCCGCGACCGCCACCGUAGGCGUCUGGAUCGACGCCGGAUCCCGCGCCGAGACGGACCAGACCUCCGGCACGGCGCACUUUCUCGAACACAUGGCCUUCAAGGGCACCGCCAAGCGCUCCCAGCGCCAACUCGAGCUCGAGGUCGAGAACUUGGGCGCCCACCUCAACGCCUACACCUCCCGCGAACAGACCGUCUACUACGCCAAGUCGUUCCGACACGACGUCGCCAAGUCCGUCGAGAUCAUCUCCGACAUCCUGCAGGCGUCCAAGCUCGAGUCCAGUGCGAUCGAGCGCGAGCGCGACGUCAUCGUCCGCGAGCAAGAGGAGGUCGACAAGCAGUUGGAGGAGGUCGUCUUUGACCAUUUGCACGCCGUCGCUUUCCAGGGUGCGUGUAGGGUGUUGUAGGGCAGAGCAGAGAAUACCUGCGCUAGUGCGCGUGCUGAUGCGUCGAUUCGGUGUGAUUCGUGCCGGUCUGGGGCAGGCCAACCGCUCGGCCGAACGAUCCUCGGCCCCAAGGAAAACAUCCUCUCGAUCCAACGCGACGACCUCGCGUCCUACAUCAAGACCAACUACACCGCCGACCGCAUGGUCCUCGUCGGCACCGGCGGCGUCGAGCACUCGGCGCUCGUCGACCUCGCCCAGCAGCACUUUGGCUCGCUGCCCGUCUCGGCGAACCCGUUGCAGCUCGGCGGCGCCAACCCGUCGACGCAGACCCACGCCGGCAAGGCUCCGUCGCAGUUCAUCGGCUCCGAAGUGCGAGUGCGCGACGACACGAUGGCGACCGCGAACUUUGCGAUCGCCGUCGAGGGCGUCGGCUGGAACUCGCCCGACUAUUACCCGAUGCUGGUGAUGCAGUCCAUCUUUGGCAACUGGGACCGCUCGCUCGGCUCGGCGUCGUUGCUCUCGUCCAAGCUGUCGCACAUCAUCGCCGAGAACAACCUCGCCAACUCGUUCAUGUCGUUCUCGACCUCCUACUCGGACACCGGUCUCUGGGGGAUCUACUUCGUCUCCGAGAACCUGAUGAACCUCGACGACCUGACGCACUUUACCUUCAAGGAAUGGCAACGCAUGUCGACCUCGCCGGCCGAAGGGGAGGUCGAGCGCGCCAAGUCGCAGCUCAAGGCUUCGCUCUUGUUGGGUCUCGACGGCACGACCGCCGUCGCGGAGGACAUUGGUCGUCAGCUCGUCACCGGCGGCAAGAGGUUGACGCCGCAGGAGAUCGAGGCCGCGAUCGAGCGCGUCGACGUGCGCGAGAUCCAGAGGGUCGCGCAAAAGUAUUUGUGGGAUAAGGAUUUCGCGCUCGCCGCUGUCGGACGGGUCGAGGGUUUGUUGGAUUACUCGAGGAUGCGCGCAGGGAUGAGCUCGUUGCUUUGGUAG